CGUCUGUAAUAUUGGUAAAAGCGUUGUUAGAUUAAAACCACCAAUCUGAAGACUUAUAUAUAUAUUUUUCCAAGAUCUUGAAAGCGAAAUAUCUCUUCGGCAUAUUUUAAUAGAUUCUAUUUUGCAAAGAGAUGACUUCGGAAAGCACCUCGGACGAUGUAGGUCUAGCAAGAUGGGCGCCAGAAAUGCCCACUGUUCAGGAAAUUCGCGAAUCUAUGCAGAAUUUUGGUACGCCGGAUUAUAUUGUAUUUGCUGGGAUGUUGGUCGUAUGCGGCAUUGUCGGUAUUUAUUUCGGUUUCGUAAAGAAAUCUUCAGGAGAAGAUGAAUAUCUAGUCGGCGGGAGGAACAUGAAAACAUUUCCAGUCAGCCUCAGCCUACUAGCCAGUUUUAUAUCAGGUAUUUCAUUACUGGGUACACCGACGGAGAUUUAUGUACAUGGCACAACUUACCUAUUCAUUUGUUCUGCGGUUGUUUUUGUCACCCUUGUCACAUCCUUCGUGUACUUGCCAGUUUUUCAUGAGCUCAAACUCACUAGUACUUAUGAGUAUCUUGAGAAGCGUUUCGAUAAAAGGAUGAGAUUACUAGGUUCAGUCCUUUUUGCCAUCAGUAUCAUAACUUGGCUUCCAAUUGUCAUUUACGUACCUGCAUUGGCCUUCAAUCAAGUUACCGGAGUAAACGUACAUAUAGUUACACCCUUUGUGUGCAUCGUUUGCAUAUUCUACACUUGUGUGGGUGGUCUUAAGGCAGUAGUAUGGACAGACUUUUUUCAAACUUUUUUUAUGUUUGGCUCCAUGUUAUUAAUUGUAAUAAAAGGCACAGCGGACGUUGGUGGAUGGUCGCUAGUAAUUCGAAGGAAUCUGGAAUCCGGAAGACUCGAAUUCCCUACGACGGAUUGGAGUCCUUUGACGAGACAUACAAUUUGGGGACUUACUAUAGGCGGUUUUGUUCAUUGGUUACAAAUCUCUGUCAUUAAUCAAAAUAUGAUUCAACGAUAUUUAUCACUUCCUACUUUACAAUCAGCUAGAAGAGCACUCUGGUUUUUUAUGAUCUUUGUAACAAUACUUUUGUGUAUAUGUGGAUAUGCUGGUAUGUUGAUUUAUGCCUGGUAUCAUGAAUGUGAUCCACUUACAACCAAGUUGGCACGUGCCAAGGAUCAGCUAUUACCAUUGUUAGUUAUGAACGUUUUAGGAGAUUUUCCAGGACUGCCUGGUCUCUUUGUGGCUGGGGUAUUUAGCGCCGCACUGAGUUCAUUAUCAACCGGUCUAAACUCCAUGGCAGCCGUGGUGCUGGAAGAUUUUGUCAAGCCUUUUAUGAAGACUCCUUUUACGCGUAGGGGUGCUGAUAUUUUUAUGAAGCUCACUGUUGUCAUUUUAGGCGCAAUCUGUGUUGCUCUCGUUUUCGUUGUCGAACGGGCGAGCACUCAUGUAUUACAGUUGUCCAUAAGUCUAGGCGCCAUUACCACUGGACCAUCCUUUGGCAUUUUCAAUAUGGGAAUAUUAUUACCAUGGAUUAAUGGCAAGGGUGCUCUAAUUGGAGGAAUUGCAGGUUUGAGUUUCAUGGGUUGGCUUGGUCUUUCUACCGAAGCAGCUAUCACUAGUGGAAAAAUUAAAUUUAAUACGAAACCCGUCACCACAGAGGGAUGUACCUAUUCAUUUCCACAAGUAGAGAAUUUAUUAUUAUCUGUACCACCAGAUUCAAUUUUGAAGGACGUUGGAGAGGAACCAUGGGCAUUAUACCGUCUGAGUUAUCUUUGGUAUACUAUGACUGGUGCCUUAGUGACUAUAAGUGUCGGUCUUAUCGUAACUUUGAUUACCUCCCAAGACGUUGAGAAAUUAGAUCCGAUGCUUGUAGCACCAUUUGUGAGAAAAUAUUUAAAGACUUCAAGGAAAGAUGUUGCGCCUAAAGAACUUCAUCAGAUCAAGGUUGCAAAAUCGAAUGAAAAAGAGGCAUCAUGCACUAUCAAUGAAGAUGAUAAAUUAUUACCUAGUGAAACUUCGACAAAUAAUGUAAUAAAUAAAUAGAUAUUAAUAUAAAUUUUAGUUUUCAAUGCUCGAAAUUUGUUGCUCGAAACUUGAAAAUAGAACAUGAUUUUACAGCCAAUAAUACUGUUUGUACAAAGUAAAAAAGAAAGGCAUAUUGAAAUAUUAAAAAAAAUUUGUACAGUUUGUGCGUAAUAGUAUAUAUUUUU